CCCACCAACACCCCCAUCUCCCCCUAUAGCCCACCACACUCGGCCAUUCCUCCCUUCCCUCUUUCGGAUUGAAUGCCUGACACCAGGAGGUAGACUGAGGCGGUCGAGACAUUUCUUUCAGAGUCCGGAAAACAAAACCAGGCGGAUGUGCGGAACUUCGCUGCUCGUGGUGAGCUGGGCAAAAGAAGCAGGAGAACGAGGGCGCUGUAAUCCUGGAAAGAGUUCUCACUAAAGUGGGGAGAAAGGGGGUUUGAAUUCGUCUGCAUUCACACAACAACAACCACACACACCCAGCAAUAAUAAAUAAAAAUGACCGUUCAAGGCGGCUCCUUGACUCCUUUUACCAUCCAGGACAUUCUCACCCGGGGAUCUGACGCUCGCCUGACUCAGAACACGCUGAAAAUCGAAAGCCACCCGCCUUGCGCCCCGAGUAAAGGCGAGGGGGAGAGACCGACUCCCCUGAUCGUCCUCAGAAUCGACCAGGACCGGGGGAAAGAGACUUUAACCAGCGGCCCGGUGCAGGACCAGCACCGGCAGCAAGCUACCGAAAGAGAGCCGGUGCCCAGGAAUAAUGAACGGGGACAUCUCGACACGGAGUCGCUGAACGAGGAGUCGGGAGAAGCGAACAGCUGGGAGAACGGAGCCGAGAAAUUCGAUAGAGAUGCAGACCGCCAAACGGCUACUGAUGAUGAGGAUAAACCGGACAAAGCUGACCAACCGAGCAGGUCCGGUAAAAAACGUUCCCGAGCCGCCUUCUCUCACGCUCAGGUCUUUGAAUUGGAGAGAAGAUUUAACCAUCAGCGGUAUCUUUCAGGCCCGGAGAGGGCAGAUCUGGCGGCCGCCCUCAAGCUCACAGAAACCCAGGUCAAAAUCUGGUUCCAGAACAGAAGGUACAAGACCAAGAAGCGACAGAUGGCAGCGGAGUUGGUCGUUAAUUCGGCGCCCACGGCGGCUAAAAAAGUAGCCGUGAGGGUUUUGGUGAGGGAUAAUCAAAGGCAAUACAGCCCGGACGAGAUAGCCAGUCCACAUUUACUCUCGUUAUACCAGGCUUAUCAAUACUAUCCCUACAUGUACUGCCUACCAACCUGGCCUCCGAACCUCAUCCCACUGUGUGGAGGAACUCACUGAGUAGUCAAGCAGCGGGUGGUCGGGAUGGCCGGAGAACUGAAGACAACACAAAAACUCAGCAUAAAGUGCACCAACAGAUUAACCCUUGCAGUUGGUCUGCAAUCAGGUACCAAUCAGAGACACCGCACUGACAAAAGCACAAAGGAUACUCGCUGUUUUCUUCAGUAUUUGGGACAAAAAAAAAUAUAAUGCCAAAGUGCUUUUGUCCGAAUAAUUCGUACUAUUUUUUGGAGGGGUGGGGUGGGGCGGUGUAUGUUCUGACACCCGAGUGAUAUUUUACACUGGGAUAACAGCAUAGCUCUUCCACGCCCGUUUAUAAUCGUUUCUUAGUGCGGUUGCCGGUUGAUUGUAAUCAAUUGGUUCACUAAUCCACUGUCUGCUGGUUGUACAACAGCCCAGUGGCUCGUUUUCAAAAGUCAAAAAUAAAACAAUAAGAAGACCCAAACUUUCCUGGAGAGUUUUGAAGCGCUAUUUCUGACGAACAUUUGACUUUUGUUCUUUUUCUACAUUAGAAAAUAAAUAGGAGGCGUGUGGCUUUUUUAAAAAAGAAUGGUUUCGUUUUCAAAAACCAACCGUCCGGAAGGUGUAUUUUUGUUUGCACUUCUUUCUGUAAGUAACAACUACGAACAGAAUGUUAGAGUAUAUAUAAGUAUUUAACAUUAGCAUCCAAACUUCAAUUGUUUGUGAGACUGAGUCUUUGAAAGGGCGUUCUGUCGCUGAAUUAGCAACAAAGUAUGU